CUACGCUGAAUGAAUAAAAUGUGGGGUGGGGUCCAUCAUAAAAAGAUAAGGUUUAAACAUCUCUUCAUACAUUUUCUAUCACAAUCAGUAUCAGCACUGUGUGAGUGUGUAGUUUCAAACUGUGAUUUAAGUAAAAACAAUAAUUUUAUAAUAUAAGUAGUUAUUUAUAAUAAUAUGUGGUGAUUGGUGAUUGAAAUUGAAUUGAAUUGAAAGGGAAGAGGAGAGUUGGAAAUGAAAUUGAGAGAGAAAGAGAAUGAAAGAUCGUCAAUGGGGUGGGUGCUUCCGCAGAGGACGCAGAACAUAAGAGAGGCGUACGAGGUGGGAAGGAAGCUGGGGCAGGGGCAGUUCGGGACGACGUUCCUGUGCACGUGCCGCACGAGCGGGAGGAAGAUGGCGUGCAAGUCCAUCCCGAAGCGGAAGCUGGCGUGCAAGGAGGACUACGAGGACGUGUGGAGGGAGAUUCAGAUAAUGCACCACUUGUCGGAGCACAACCACGUCGUCCGCAUCGAGGGUGCGUACGAGGAUUCCUCUGCUGUGCAUCUGGUCAUGGAGCUCUGCGAGGGUGGAGAGCUUUUUGAUAGGAUUGUGCAAAAGGGUCAUUACAGCGAGCGACAGGCUGCUCGCUUGAUUAAGACCAUUCUUGAGGUUGUCGAGUGCUGCCACUCGCUUGGAGUCAUGCAUAGGGACCUCAAGCCUGAGAAUUUUCUCUUUGAUACUGUUCAUGAGGAUGCUAAGCUUAAGGCUACUGAUUUUGGUUUGUCUGUUUUUUACAAGCCAGGUGAAUCCUUUUGUGACGUUGUUGGGAGUCCAUACUAUGUCGCACCAGAGGUCUUGCGCAAGAACUAUGGACCAGAAUCAGAUGUGUGGAGUGCAGGGGUUAUUCUGUACAUCUUAUUAAGUGGGGUGCCACCAUUUUGGGCCGAAACCGAACAAGGGAUCUUCAGACAGAUUUUACAAGGAAAACUUGAUUUUCAAUCUGAGCCUUGGCCUAGCAUUUCAGACAGCGCAAAGGAUCUAAUUCGGAAAAUGCUUGAUCAAAAUCCAAAAACUAGGCUUACAGCAUAUGAAGUACUCCGCCACCCAUGGAUCGUUGAUGACAAUAUUGCACCUGAUAAACCUCUUGAUUCUGCAGUUUUAUCACGUCUGAAACAAUUCUCUGCAAUGAAUAAAUUGAAAAAGAUGGCAUUGCGUGUUAUUGCUGAGAGGCUAUCUGAAGAAGAAAUUGGUGGUCUGAAAGAGUUAUUUAAGAUGAUUGACACAGACAACAGUGGAACUAUAACGUUUGAAGAGUUAAAAGAUGGCUUGAAGCGAGUGGGAUCUGAACUAAUGGAGUCUGAAAUCAAGGAUCUUAUGGAUGCUGCGGAUAUCGAUAAAAGUGGGACAAUUGAUUAUGGUGAAUUCAUCGCUGCCACUGUUCAUUUGAACAAGCUGGAGAGAGAGGAAAACCUGGUGUCAGCCUUCUCCUAUUUUGACAAAGAUGGUAGUGGUUACAUAACCAUUGAUGAGAUACAACAAGCUUGUAAGGACUUUGGUUUAGAUGAUGUCCACAUUGAUGAAAUGGUCAAGGAAAUUGAUCAAGAUAACGAUGGGCAAAUAGAUUAUGGAGAAUUUGCUGCCAUGAUGAGAAAGGGCAAUGGAGGAAUUGGAAGGCGAACUAUGAGAAACACACUAAAUUUAAGAAAUGCUCUGGGAUUAGCAGACAAUGGGUCCAAUCAAGUUAUUGAUGACUACUUUAAGUAGUUAUUUGGAGACAAAAUUGACAAAACAUAAUAUAGUAAGAUUCAGCGUUAUCUGUAGCUGCUUGACCAAAUAUUGCAUAUCUAUUAAUAGACCAUCUUUGCUAGAAAGUUUUCAUCUUCAUCUUGAUGAGGUCCAUGGAAAUGUGUCCAACAACGAAUUGCAGCUCCUUAAAUUUAACCAUACCCCACUUAAACACUUACUCACGCUCGUUGUAGUUACUUAAUUAUGGUCCAUUUAACUGUAAUCGCAAGGUAAUAAUAAGACAUAUUUGCCUGGA